AUGAGUAACACGCAAUUAGGUAGAACUAAACGCCAAAAACUUGAUAAAACUGGACGUCUGUCAGCAUUAGAAAAAUUAAAACAAUUAAAAGGUAGUAAACAUAAAUAUGAAAUUAAUACAUUGGAAAAUGUUUAUGAAGAAGUCGAUGAAAAAGAAUAUACUAAAACUGUGAUAGAAAGACAAAAUGAUGAUUGGAUUAUUAAUGAUGGAGAAAGUGGUUAUAUUGAAGAUGGUCGAGAAAUUUUUGAUGAUGAUUUGGAUGAUAAAAGUAUACAAAAAGCAAGAAAAGAUAAAAACAUGGGUCCUAGAAAAAAUAAAAGAGAUAAUAUUAAAAAGAAGGGAAGUAUUCAAAACUUAAUAAUGAAUAUGCCUUCUAAAAAGCAAAUUGAUGCUGAAUUGAAUGAUGAUAAUAUUUUGGGAGAUUUAAUGUCUGAAUUAAAGAAAGAUGAUAGCCUAGAAAUAUCAAAAUCAAGAACUGUUAAAAAUAAAUUUUGUACCUCAUCCAGAAUAAAUGAAACAAAUACUCAUGCAGAAAUUGGAUCACAGUCAAUUUCAGAAUCUGAAAAAAUGCAAUAUCAUGAUAAUAAUGUAAUAAUGUUUGACAAACCAAAGAAAGUAAAUAUCCAUAAACAAGAAGAAUUAAUUUGUCAAUUAGAAAAUAUUACUUCAGAUCAAAAUAAUAGUCAAAUAAUAAUAGAUAAUGAAGACACUGAUACUUCAAGAAAUACAAUAUUGAGUAUACAAUUGAAACAAGAUAUUAAAGAAACAAGUAAUAGUCAAAUAAUUGAAACAGAAAGUGAAGAUCUUAGUCAGUUUAUUGGAGAUUUCUGCACAGACUUUGAAAAUAACAGUACUGAUCCUAGCAAAAAAUUAUCACCUAUUAAUAAGGAAAAUGGAAACAACAAAUUAAGUAUUCAGAUGAAAAAUAAAGAUAUUGGGGAUGAAAAUUUUGAUCUAGAAAAUUUGAAUAAAGUAUUAGAUGUUGAAUUUAAAACACAAAAAUCAAAUAUUGUACUACCUAUUGAUACUACAGAACUACCUUUACCACUUGUAACUAAUGCAAACAAAGAAGAAGUAUUUAGAUUUUACUGGUGGGAUGCAUAUGAAGAUCCAUAUAAACAACCUGGAGUUGUAUAUUUAUUUGGAAAAGUUUUUGUUCCCUCUAUAAAAGAAUACUGUUCUUGCUGUUUAACAGUAAAAAAUAUUCCAAGAAGAAUUUAUCUUCUUCCUAGAGUAUUUAUAAAAACAUCUUCUAAAGAAAAUGGCGAAGAACAAUUAAAUACAAUAGAAAAUGUUUAUAAAGAAUUUAAUCAAUUUGCGAACAAAUUAGGAAUAAAAGAAUUUCGUAGUAGUAAAGUUACGAAGUAUUAUGCUUUUGAACAAGAAGGUACUCCAGCCUCAUCUGAGUAUUUGGAAGUAAGAUAUUCUGCACAUUAUCCAGCUGUACCUCCUGAUUAUUCUGGGCCAUCAAUAGAACGUGUCUUUGGAACAACAGUAAAUUCUUUAGAGUUACUUCUAAUUGAAAGAAAUAUUAAAGGACCAUGUUGGCUAGAUAUUAAAUGUCCCCUUCCUACUGGUAUACAAACCAGUUGGUGCAAAAUAAAGGUAAAUUGUAUGAAGAUGGAAAAUAUAUCUGUUGUUUCUGAGUCUCAAACAUUACCACCAUUAGUACUAGCAACACUAAAUGUACGAACAUCUUUAAAUUUUAAAUUACAACAAAAUGAAAUAGUUAUGGUUGCAAUACUUAUACAUCAUAAAUAUCACAUUGAUAGAGAUCCACCAAGGCCACCAUUUCAACGCCAUAUUUGUUUAAUCACACAUCCACGUGAUACAUGUUGGCCAAGACAAGCACGAGAAAUGCUUUCAAACAUUUCAUAUACAGAAGCAAUCAAAUUUGAAACAGAAACAGAUUUGCUCGAAAAAUUAUUAGAAAUCAUAAAUUCUGUUGAUCCAGAUUUAUUGAUUGGCUAUGAUUGUAGCUUUCAAUUUGAUAUUUUAAUGCAUAGAAUGAUUACUUUAAAAGUUUCAAAUUGGAGUAGACUUGGAAGGUUAAGACGUUCAGUACCUCCUCUAAUAAGGGGAAAAAUAAAUUUAAAUCAAGUAUUUGCUGGUAGACCUAUCUGUGAUAUACAAGUUUCAGCUAAAGAAUUAAAUCUUAAAGUCAGAAGUUACGAUUUGCAAUCUCUUUGUGUAGCGGUAUUGAAGAAAAAAGAAAAUGAAUGCAAAGAAAUAAAACCUGGUGAAUGUACAUCAUUUUAUAAUACAUCAAACAAACUAGAUAAUUUAAUUAAAAUAACAUUAACAGAGGCACUAUAUAUUUUGUCAAUUGUUUUUGAUCUCAAUGUCCUUCCACUUGCUUUACAAAUUACUUGUAUUGCUGGAAAUGUUAUAUCGAGAACGCUAACAGCAGGACGUGCAGAAAGAAAUGAAUAUUUAUUAUUGCAUGCAUUUCAUUUGAAACAUUACAUAACACCUGAUAAACGUAUAGUGAAGAAAGGAAAAAAUAAUGAAGAAAACACUACUAGAAAAAAAGCAGCUUAUGCUGGUGGUUUGGUUCUUGAACCAAAAAAAGGAUUUUAUGAUAAACUUAUAUUAUUAAUGGAUUUUAAUUCUUUAUAUCCUAGUAUAAUUCAAGAAUAUAAUUUAUGUUUUACUACUGUGCCUGGGGCUGCAUAUGCUGAUUGUGGGGAUUUGUCAGUUCCAGAGCCAAAUUUAGAAUUUGGAAUAAUUCCAACAGAAAUUCGCAAAUUAGUUGAAAGUAGAAUAGAAGUAAAAAAAUUGAUGAAAGGAGCAAAUAUUUCACCUGAAUUGAAGAUGCAAUAUAAUGUUAGACAGCUGGCUUUAAAACUUACAGCAAAUUCUAUGUAUGGUUGUUUGGGUGCAACUCAUUGUAGAUUUUAUGCUAAAGGACUUGCCGCCUUGGUUACAGCAAAAGGUCGAGAAAUUUUACAACAUACAAAGAGUCUUGUUGAAAAAUUGAAUUAUGAAGUUAUAUAUGGCGACACGGAUUCUAUAAUGAUAAAUACGAAUUUAUUAGAUUACGAGGAAGUUUUUUGUGUUGGUAGAAAGAUUAAACAAGAAGUUAAUAAAUUAUAUAAACGUGUGGAAUUGGAUAUCGAUGGUGUUUUUCGUUAUUUAUUGCUUCUACAGAAGAAAAAAUAUGCAGCAGUUGUAAUGACAAAAUUACCUAAUGGGCAAAUAGAAUUGACACAAGAACAUAAAGGCCUUGACAUUGUGAGAAGAGAUUGGUGCCAAUUAGCUUGUGAUAUUGGAAAAAAAAUUUUGGAUCAACUUCUUUCUGAUCAGUCAGGUGAUGAUCGAAUAGUACAAAUUUUUGCUAUACUACAUGAUAUUGCACAAAAUGUUCGAGAAAAUCUAGUUUCCUUAUCUUCUUUGGUUAUUACAAAACAAUUAUCAAAAAAUCCAAAUGAAUAUCCAGAUACUAAACAACCUCAUGUACAAGUAGCUUUAAGAUUAAACAAAGAAGGCGGUAGAAUGUGGAAAGCUGGAGACACGGUUCCCUAUAUUAUAUGUAACGAUGGAACAGAAAAAUCUGCAACUGAAAGAGCAUAUCAUAUUGAUGAAUAUAAAAGGAGCGAUUCUUUAAAAAUAGAUGUUAAUUAUUAUUUAUUGAGUCAAAUUUUUCCAAUUGUUUUACGAAUUUGUGAACCGAUUGAAGGAAUUGAUGACGUUUUGUUAGCUAAAUAUCUUGGUUUGGAAAAUAUUUAUAAAUCUAAGAGAAUGAUACAUGAAGAAUACAAUGAUAUACCAUUAUUAAUGAGUGAAGAUAGAUUUAGGUAUUGUCUGCCUUUGAAAUUUAAUUGUAGAGACGAAAAAUGUCGAUCAGAAAUUAUACUUAAAAAUGUUGUAACUGAAACACUUACUGGAAGUCAGUUGUCACUUGCUGCUUGUUCAAAUCCAGACUGCAAAAUUCAGCCAUGGACAUAUAUUAAUACAAUACAAAAUACAAUAAUACUUACUGUACGAGAAGCAGUUAGCGACUAUUAUGACGGAUGGUUAGAAUGUGAAAGUCCGGUAUGUAGUGAUCAAACUCAAACACUGCCAUUAGGAUUUUAUGAAGUACAUCCAACUUGUAGGAAAUGUAAAGAUGGCAAUUUACAUAGAGUUUUUACAGAUACAAAACUUUAUAAUCAAAUAUGUUUUUAUCUCUACCUUUUUGAUGUGAGUCAAUCAAAAUAUAAAAAUUUGUUAUCUCAAUAUCCACAAGGAAUGAGAGAUGCAUAUGAUUCAUUAAAAGAAGCAGUAGAAAAAUUAUUAAGACGAAAUGCAUUUUCAAUUGUAUGUUUGGAUACAAUCUUUUUGAAUAUUGAUGAGCAAAUAUAUAAUAAUAUAUCAAAUUUAGAUACAGGUACUUUAGAGAUAUCAGAUGGAUCAGAUGAUGAAAUAGUAAUGAACACAAUUUGA